GUUAUAAAGCCGUGUAAUACUUCUGUUCGGGCAGUGGCUUGCGAUCCAUUGGAUUACUUGAAAGUAUUAUUAUAAUUUCAUAAUGGCAGUGUUUGCAGUGUUAAUGUUGCUUAUGUUUUUUGGAAGUGUAUUAUCAAGUGACGAAUCAAUAACUGUGGCAUGUAGCACGAAUGACAUCGAUUGCCUUAGCAAAUCUACCGAAAAAUUCCUAGAAAAAACACACAAAGGAAUACCCGCCUGGAAUAUUGUGACCCUAGAUCCUUUAGUUAUAUCUUCAUACGAUUUCGCGCUUGAUGAAGAAGGCUUGAUUUAUAAGUAUAAGAACUUGACCGUGACAGGAUUACGGAAUCAACAGAUAUCAGAUUUCAAAAUGGAUACCAAAGCAAGGUCGGUAGUACUAACGACUAAAGCCGAUUUAGACGUGGUCACAGAUGUCGAUGUUAUAUUGACCAAGCCAUCAAAGACCUUAUCGGGACAUUACAAGAUACAUGCAAGUGUAUUGGGCACAGCUACUUAUCAGUACGAGCUUAAGACUGAUGAAAAAGGAGUUACUCAUUUCCAUGUCGGCCCAGAGACCAUCACUUGCAAAGUUGUCGACGCCCCGAGAGUUGAAUUGAGCCAUGAGUUUCAGCAGACCCUAUCAAAUGAUGCUGAUGCCAAGACUUACAAUGAAGAGAAGCGAGCAGAGUUAAGAAAAAAAACAUUUUGCAAAAUAGCGGAGAAAGUUUACACAUACGUCGUCCACAAUAUAAGAGAAGCUGCCAAAGCAGUACCUUCGUCAGCUUUUUUUACCAAUAUCGAAUAGUGUAUUGUAGUAUAGUAUUCAAUACACAUUGUUUGGCCUGGCCCAAAAUCGGCGUUUGUUUUUGGCUGAAAGCUUCAGAAAUAUGAUGUCUGAUUUAAAAAUACACCAAAAUCAUUAUAUGAUAACAACACUAAGUGAUAUUGGAAUCAAUUUGAAUACCUAGGUGUAUUUUCGCGCAAUAAAAUCUUAUUUUAAACCCA